CCCUCUGCAGCAAACAGCAAAAGAGAAAGAAGAAUCAGCAGUCGACAGGAAGACGAGCUGAGCUGCACAUUUAGAACAGCAGACAGAGAAACACACACAGACCUUAAAUCUCACUCGGAGCUUCACACGAGAUAACAGUUCAGGCAACUGAGAGUGGAUGAUGAUUACACACAUCUCGUGAACCUGCCUGUCCUGCUCGGUGCUGUUCCCAAACCAGUUUGUGGCACUUCCUGUUAAGGCUUUCUCAAUGCUCUCAAUAUCUUAAUAAUAUUUAAUUUUUUUCUUUAAUAUACUGUAGAGUCAAUCAUGGGAUCAAAUCCAACCAAACCUGAAUUUGUCACAGUUCUGGCUGAGAAACAAGUUGAACAUGGACAGACGAUUAUUCUUUCCUGUAAGGCAAACACAGAAGAUGUAAAAGUCUCAUGGAAAAAGCAUGGCCAAAAAUUGCGUUGUGUUGAGGGCAAGCACAAAGUGAGAACAAUUGGUACAAAUUGUGUCUUGGAAAUUUCAAACGCUGUGCAUGGUGAUGAAGGAAACUACACUGUAACCCUGAGCAACAGUUCAGGUUCCACCUCAUGCUCUGCACUUGUGAGAAUCAUUAUAAAAGAAUGGAGAACAGUGGAAUGGAAACAAGAGAGAAUGUUAAAGUCUCUCAAGACAUUUCAAAUUUGUAAUGAAGUUCAAGAGCUCCGAUUCCUCGUCUGUGGACCAGUUGGAGCAGGAAAGUCCAGCACCAUAAACACCAUCAGAUCCAUUUUUGAAGGCCGUCAGUUUAUCGACUGUCUGGCUGCUUCAGGAUCAACAAUGAGUCAUACUCUACGUUAUGAACGAUUUCAAAUCGCAAAUGAAGAAGAAUCAUUUCCUUUUGCCUUCAAUGAUAUAAUGGGUGCGGAAAAAGAUUCUGGAAUCCUCAAUGAAGAUAUCAUCAGUGCUUUAAAAGGUCACAUUAAAGAGGGUUACACGUUCAACCCUCAAACUCCACUGUCUGAAAGCAGCAUUUACUACAAUAAAAACCCCACCCUGAGUGAUCAGAUGCACUGCCUGGUGUUCGUCAUGCCAGCUGACACAAUUUCAACCCAAGACAAAAAGGUUAUGCAAAAAAUGAAGAGUGUCAUGAAAGCAGCAAGCAGCAUGGGAAUUCCUCAAGUGGUUUUCAUGACAAAAGUAGACUGCACAUGUCCAUUAACCAAGGAGAACCUGCAAAACAUCUACAAAAGCAAGAAGAUCAAAGACAAUAUGCAGAAAUGCAGUAAUGAACUGGGUGUGACUCUGAACCGUAUCUUUCCUGUCUUGAACUAUCAUGAGCAGAUCCACAUGAAUGAAGAUAUAAACUGCCUGAUGCUCAAUGCCUUAACAAAGAUUAUCUACUUUGCUAAUGACUAUGUGCUCAAAAAGAGUUCACACCAACAACCAAUCUUUGAAUAAAGAAAGUUCACAUGAUAAUUGACAAACGGUUUUAAAGCUUGUCUAAUGAGUUACUCAGAUAUUCAUAUUAAUCCAAUAAUGCAAAUAUAUUAAUGAUUACAUUUCAUUUUGCUUUUAAAGUAUGUAAAAGAUUUUGGUAAAGAAUUUUUACUUGAUUAUAGAAUUGAUUUGGAAUUGUGCAUCAGUAUCACAGCCUGAAUAAAGAGUGUAAUGCUAACAUGGAGCUUUUCAAACAUUUCAGAUCUUUUAUAUUUAGCUCAGUUUUUAUAAUGUAAUAGGAUUUAUGUGGAUAUAUUUUCAUAUAUUGAAUGUUACAUUGAUCCAUUUUUUUUUAUAAAAACUCUGAUGUGUUAUUAUUAUUAUUAUUAUUAUUAUUAUUAUUAUUGUUGUUAUUAUCAUUAUUAUUAUUGUUAAUCUGUAAAUUGAACUAUACAAUGCAUACCCAUUUUACCAAUAAAAUGUAAAUAUUGCAUAAUGAUGAAACAUUAUAACCCAUUACACAAUGAUUAGCUUAAACAAUACAACAAACAUUUCCUGCUACAGUAAAUAUACACUUACAGUGAAUAAAAUGAAAUACCGGUGAUGGCCACCAGAGAAUGUUAGUAAAAUUAAAUGGUUUCUAACAAACUACAACAAUAAUUUCAAUGAACUGACACAUUUUUAAAAGCUCUUUGAUUGACAAACUUUCUGAUUGAUACAAAUGUGUGGAUUGAAUUUGAAAAUAUAAAAAUUUUUUUUUGCCAUUAAUCAUCAAGCAAAUUCAAUAAAACAGCACUGUAGGAGAAAACUCGCUUCCAACCUACAUUGGCCUAGGCUUCUUUUGCCGAUUACAUGAACAGUCACAUCUGCGACAAUCUCUGCUGUCACAGCUGGCUUUUUGGUACCGCUAGAUGCUACUUUGGAUUUCCUCGUGUUUAAGUCAUUAUUUAUAUAAUUUAUAAAAUUCAAUGUUAUCUAAAUACAAUAUUUGAUGCUGAGGUUUUUUAUUUUUAUUUUUAUUUUUUUAUAAAAAAUAAGCUCCUGUUCAUGUUCUCUGAACAAUAAACAAUGUUUAACACA